UCUACAGCCGCCAGCAUGACCGGGGCCCCAGGAAUACUGAUAUUACUGGGUCUGUGUUGGCCCUUGGCAUUUGCUCACCCGCUGGUGCCCCAGCUGCAGACAGGAACUGAAGAGGGAAAUGGAACCGAAUUGCACCUGGAUGAGAUUGGCCGUUGCUCUGAUGACUGGGGUUUUGAUGCAGUAACCUUGGAUGACUCUGGGAAAAUGAUUUUCUUCAAAGGGGAGUCCGUAUGGAAGAGUCACAAUGGAUCCCGGGAGCUGAUCUCAGAAACCUGGCCAGAGGCCGGGGUCCCUGUGGACGCUGCCUUCCGCCUGCACCACAAGGCCAGGCCUGAUCUCCAUGAUGGCGUAUAUUUAAUUAAGGGUGAUCAGGUCUGGGUGUACAUUGCUGGGAAGCUGAAGUCUGGGUACCCAAGACUCCUCCAGAAAGAAUUCCCGGAAGUCCCGUCUCCCCUGGACGCAGCUGUGGAGUGCCACCCUGGGGAAUGCCAGGAGGAGGGGAUUCUUUUCUUCCAAGGUAACGGGACAUGGUUCUUGGACCUGAGCACUAACACAGUGAAGAAACGGCCUUGGAAUCACCUGAAGUGCUCUUCAGCCCUGCGCUGGCUCGGCCGCUAUUACUGCUUCCAGGGCAGUAAAUUUCUACGCUUUAAUCCUGCGACUGGGGAGGUGCCCCCACAUUAUCCCCGUGACAUCCAAGAUUACUUCAUGAGUUGCCCUGGGAGAGGUCAUGGACAAAGGAAUGUAUCUGUCACUCCUUGCAGCCCGGAUUUUGUGUUCUCUGCUUUUGUUUCUGAUGACCAUGGUGCUACAUAUGGCUUUAGAGAUUCCAGUUAUUGGCGUCUGGACUCAAAGAGGGAUGGCUGGCAUAAAUGGCCCAUUGCACAUCACUGGCCCCAGGGACCCUCACGUGUGGAUGCUGCCUUCUCUUGGGAGAAAAAGCUCUAUCUGAUUGAGGGCACCCAAAUCUACAUUUACCUGACAGAUGGAGGCUACCGCUUAGUAGAUGGAUAUCCUCGGAGCUUGCAAAAGGAACUGGGAAGCCCCUAUGGGAUCAACCUUGACGCUGUGGAUGCUGCCUUCACCUGCUCUGGCUCAUCUCAGCUCUAUAUUAUCUCUGGAAGGCAGAUGUGGCAGCUUGAUCUCAAGCUGGGUGGACAGGACCCAUGGACAGAGUUUUUGAUACCCCAUAACCAUGUGGAUGGGGCUUUGUGCAAACCCAAUGAGCUCUACUUGGUCACUGGUUCCAAUGUAUAUCGUUACCGAGAUGUUGAGGAACUCAAGACUGCCAAAACCUUCCCUCCACCCCGCAGUGUGGCUUCCAGCCUCCUGGGUUGCACACAUUGAGGCUUGGUCAGGCUUUCCUCAUCUUUAACAUCUGGUCCACCUGGUGCCCUCCACAAGAAUUAUACUUUUGCACAAUAAAUCCUAGAAAUUACUGUUCAGAA